CUGACAUUGACAAUUGGAAUUUUGACGCAUGUAAUUUAAAAAUAUUGUCUUCAAAAUGAGAAUAUUUACUUUUUUGGGGAAGAAAAUUGGUGAUUUGACAAUCAAAUAUUCGAAUUUACCAGAAUCAUACAUUAAAAGAAGUUAUGAACAGGUGUAUUGGAGGAAUCCAAAAGGCUAUCCUCAAUAUCCCGCAGCCCAAAUCGCUCGCAAAAAGUAUCGUUUCACUACACAUAGGCCUUGGACGGCGCAGUUUAGACGAGAUAACGAGCCUAAUAAGCUAAGGAAGAAGAUUUUCUUGGAACCUGUCGGAGAAUGGAGCUUUUUCAAGGGUGACCGUGUUGAAAUUAUGGUUGGAAGAGACAAAGGCAAGCAGGGCAUCAUAAGCCAAGUUGUACAAGAACGCAACUGGGUAUUUGUUGAAGGGCUGAAUACACAUUUACGAAUUGUUGGUAAGGAUAAGAAAUUCCCCGGAGUAACUAUACAAUCGGAAGCACCACUCCUAGUGACUACUGGUGUGAAGCUAGUUGAUCCUGAAACAUUGAAAGCCACUGACAUAGAAUGGCGAUAUACUGAGGAAGGGGAUAAAGUGCGAGUAUCUCUGGCAAGUAGCAGAAUAAUUCCCAUUCCGAAAGCUGCAGAGGAAACUAUGGACUUUAAAAGCAAGGCAUUGUACAUUGAGAAUACAGAUAAGGAUACAACAGCCGAUGAUGUCACAAAGAUCACAUUUCAACCAAAACUGGCAACAUUUGAAAUGGACAUUAUGGAGUCUAUGGAUAUCAAAGAAGAUAGAGUACCAGCAAAAUCUUAUUGGUAUUAAAUAAGGAAAAUCUCACCUAUGUGUUUGUUAUUUAAGUUUAGUUCAGAAUAAAUAGUUAUACAGUGAA